AUGGUGAAAACGAAAUUUCAGACCCAGCCACCCACUGAUCGUCACUACACACUGAGCUAUCCUCACGAAUCAAUUGUUCUUGUCGUCCUCAACAACCCCAAAGGGCUCAACUCGAUAACGAGUCACGGGAAUUGGGCUUUCGAUGCCCUUUGGCAAUGGUACGACAAUGAGCCCUCGCUCAUCUGUGCCGUCAUUACUGGCGCUGGGAGAGCAUUUUGCGCCGGGGCAGAUCUCAAAGAGUGGAACCAAACGAAUGACGAAGGCAAUGUGCUCAGACAUAUGCCCCCCAGCGGGUUUGGCGGUAUCAGCCGUCGCAGUGGAAAGAAGCCUAUUAUAGGCGCUAUCAACGGUCUGGCAUACGGCGGUGGAAUGGAGAUGGUUGCCAGUAUGGAUUUGGUGGUCGCAAGCAAGAAUGCAAAGUUUUGUUUGUCGGAAGUCAAAAGAGGUGUCGCGGCCGUUGGGGGGUUCUUGCCGAGACUCGUCAGAACAAUUGGCAGAGUGAGAGCAAUGGAUAUGGGCCUGACCGGUCGAACAGUGUCUGCGCAGGAGGCACUAUCCUGGGGUUUCAUCAAUGAGGUCUCCGAAGAUGCACCCGCUGACUCAGAAGUGAUGGACAGGCCGGUAGUCCAGAAGGCGCUACAGUGGGCGAAGAACGUGGCCAUAAAUAGCCCUGAUGCAGUUAUUGUUACCAGAGCCGGCAUCACCUCUGGCUGGGAGGAUGGAUCUGCAGAGCAUGCAACUGCUCAGGUCUUGGAUGUCUGGCAGCGAAGGCUUCUCAAUGGCGAGAAUCUCAAGGAGGGGGUCAAGGCAUUCGUUGAGAAGAGAGCACCGAAAUUCAGUGGCUGUAAGUUGUAA